CGAAAUCCAACAGACUAAAGUGUGAAGGCCAAGCAGUCGAUACCUAAUCAGUGAAUUUUCAAAAAUAUUUUCCCCAACGUGCAUAAACAGAUGUGUCAAUGAAGACACCGGACACCAAAGCCAAGCUGCUGAAUAAUAUAAGUCUAUCUAAACAUCUGUCUUCCAAGAAAGGCGGCUCUCGCACUAGUAACUGCGGUAAUUGUCUGGAAUUUUCCGUGCUAACGCGUCUCUCCAGUGUGCCCUGAAUCCCCCAAAUCAU